AUGGCUGCCUCUGAGAAACGCCCUGAGAUCAUCGAGCUUGCUCGGGGACUGGCAAGAGUGCCCUUGUGCGAGGACUAUGAGUGUAUGAUAUCUGGGAUGAUGUACAACCCCAACAUCCCGAAAUUGCUAGAGGCGCGGCAUCUAUGUCGGGGACUUGCUGCAGACUUCAACAAUCUGGACACAAAGACCGUGACGUAUGACAAGAUCGGCGACAAGCGUCUUGAGUUAUUGCGGAAACUUGUCGGCAAAAUUGGAGAUGGAACAUUCAUUGAACCACCAUUUUUGCCAGACUACGGAUGCAAUACUUCGAUCGGAAAGGAUUGCUUCUUCAACUGGAACCUUACGAUACUGGACACCAGUCUAGUUGUCAUCGGUGACCGUGUACAGAUUGGCACUGGAGUUAGUCUGAUCACCGCUGGCCAUGAUACCAGCGUUCUUUCUCGCCGCAAGUUCGUCGAGUUUGGCCAUCCGAUCUUUAUCGAAGACGACUGCUGGAUUGGAAGUAAUGUGAUUGUUCUUCCCGGUGUGCGAAUCGGCCAGGGCUCAACAAUUGGAGCCGGAUCUGUUGUCACCAAGGAUAUCCCGCCGUUCUCUGUCGCCGUUGGCACUCCUUGCCGCGUGAAGAAGACAAUUCAAUCGGCGGAAGAAGAGGAGCAGGAUCCCAAUAAUCCGUACCGCAGUUUGGUUCGUGAGGAUCAAUAG